AUGCUUAGUAACCCAAAAAGAACCAGAUUUCGUAAACAACAUAGAGGAAGAAUGAAAGGAAUAUCUUAUCGAGGUAAUCGCAUUUGUUUCGGUAGAUAUGCUCUUCAAGCACUUGAACCCGCUUGGAUUACAUCUAGACAAAUAGAAGCGGGGCGCCGCGCAAUGACACGAAAUGUACGCCGUGGUGGAAAAAUAUGGGUACGUAUAUUUCCAGAUAAACCAGUUACGGUAAGACCUACAGAAACACGUAUGGGUUCGGGGAAAGGAUCUCCGGAGUAUUGGGUAGCUGUCGUUAAACCGGGCAGAAUACUUUAUGAAAUGAGCGGAGUAGCCGAAAAUAUAGCCAGAAAGGCUAUUUCAAUAGCGGCGUCCAAAAUGCCUAUAAAAACUCAAUUCAUUAUUUCAGGAUAG